CGAUCCACGCAACUGAACGCCCAUCACGUUGCGCACAUGGAUCAGGUCGAGGUGACCACGCCACCACACCCAGCACGGCAGACCCGAGGCAGACUGCCUGUGCUUGGAGGAACAGCUUGGGCUUGUGUAACAGCUGUAUGAGCCAGUGACACCGACGGUAGCUCCAGCACCGAGCCUUGUUGAGAUGUCCAGGACGCAGAGGAGGCGGCGCACUCAGCGGCCUCUCAGCAGCGCGACGGGGGCUGAGGAAUAGUUGAGCUAUUCGGACUCAGUUUGCCAACAACAGUGGGGUUUUUUUGCCCCUAGCUGUAGCUACUUCUUGGAGGAAUGAGAGGCGUGUGUUCGGCUCUUAACAUGGGAUUGUUUUUGCACGCUGUCGCCUCUGUCAGCCCCACGGAGUCCGCAGCAGACCGGAGCCUACUGCACUGUGAAGGCAUUAACAACCAGAGCUACAUCUGUGAGUCCGGACACUGCUGCGGGGAGUCUCAGUGUUGCAGCUACUACUAUGAGCUCUGGUGGUUUUGGUUGGUAUGGGCGAUCAUCUUCAUUUUGAGCUGCUGCUGUGUGUGUCACCAUCGCCGCACAAAACACCGGCUGCAGCAGCAGCAACGGCAGCACGAGAUCAACCUCAUCGCUUACCGCGAAGCACACAACUACCCCUCUGUGCCCUUCUACUUCAGGUUUCUGCCAAACUACCUCCUGCCUGACUACGAAGAGGUGGUCAACCGGCCACCGACUCCUCCCCCUCCCUACAGUGCCUUACACACAGGCCCAUCCUCAGUGGCUUCCAGUCCGCUGGCUCCUGAGCAGCAGGAGGGACACUGUCCGACCAUCCAGCCCACUCCGGUGCCCCCGAUCUCUGACAGUCUGUGCUGCAGACCCAGCAUAGAGGAACCACAACCCCCCACCUUAGACUUUAGGCCAAAGCCUGACAACAAGCCCAUGCAGACAGCGCAAGAGUCAGGCAUGAUACUGCUGUCAGAUGGGCUCAACAGAGAGGGACUUACAAGCCAAGAGAAAAGAAGUGAAAGUGUGGACGACUCUUGCAAGGACCCCUUGCUGAAGGACCCGUCGGAGGGUUCUGCUGAGGACAAAGAUCGACUCCCCAAUGGAAGGAGGAGGCGAUUCACGGGGGAUUCUGGGAUUGAGGUGUGUGUGUGCAGCGGCACACGUGGGAGCGGCGGCUUUAGCGGAGCUGGAGGGACAGGCCAGGAAGGCAAGGAGUUGAGGGAGUUGGAGAGUCUGCUGGGGCGCGAGGGAGACGACGGCGAGGAGGAGGAGGAGGCGGAGGCGGAGGCGGAGGAGGAGGCGGGCGACUUCUGCGACAGCUGCGGCCAUCGAGCCUCCUUCGGUGCAGAGGAGGAGCAGGCACCGGGCGGCCCGGAAAGGCGGGUCGCACGUGGGCCGCCGGGACCUCCUCAGCCGGCUCACCAGAUAGGCAGCGCCUCGCUCCACCCUCCCGUCUGCCUCCUCCUCCACACCAUCAACGAGCAGGAGGGACCCCACCACAGCGCCAGCACUGAGCCGCAGGGCUGAAAACGCAGUCAGCAACACCUUCGUGUCAUAGAGGGAAGGAGAGAGAGCACUUGAGACGGAGCAUGGCGGCAAAUGCUUUUGUAUCUGAGCAAGUGUUUUAUGUCUAAAUACUUUGUGUGAGUAUUUUUAUGAAUGUGUGCAUCUUAGAUAAAACAGGUGUGGGAGCAGGAAGUGGAAUCUCAACUGAAUAUGACUGAGAAAGCCCGCUCCUCCCCACACUGGAACAGUGGCCUUAACCUGUGUAUUUUGGGUUAUGUUUGGGCAGUCCAAGCCCUAUAACAGCCUGUGGCAAUUGAGACUUCUCACACUGCACACAUACACAAACGUAGUCCUUUAGUUGUCUUUCUCAUGCAACGGAAGCUACUGACACAGUCAAAGACUUGAUAGCUGAAGCCGUGACGUCAGGACAGGACGUUCACUGCCCUAGGAUGAACGCAGCUCUCCUCACCGGCUGCUUGCAACAAUUCUUCAUAGCCGUUCUCUGCAGGCAGGAAACUACGUAGUAAAAAAAAAAACACACAGCAGGAACAUUUUGGAUGAGUGCAAUGUGGAUUUACCACAGUGUGUGCUUGUGCAAACUGAUAAAGUAAAGGGACACUAGAACAAGACUGUGUCGUCCCGUCAGACUAAAGUGCUUUUUCAGCGAUUUAAAAACCGCUCUGCCUUGCGUCUGUUUUUGUUGAUCUUUAUCUGCCCCGCUAGUGAUAGAGAAGCAUAAGUGCAUUUACAAAUCUUCAUGUGAGCAGUUCCUAUUUUGCACAGUCUAUUUAUCUUUAUAAAUGAAGCUUUUAGCUAAAGACAAAAAAAAUCAAAACCGAAAAUGCUUUCAUUAAUUCAGUCUUAAAUUGCAGUACAUGAUUUGAUGUUGUAGGGUUUUGUUGCAACAUCUAUAAGAAAUGGACCUCUGUGGAUUGUUAGUAGAUUCACUUAAUGAAUGUUUGUAGUGCGUGCCUACCCCCCAAAACAAUGCAUAACUUUGAUGAACAAUGUUUCAGUGAAACUGAGGUACCAAAACCAAGAAAAGAAUAUAAAGCUUCUUAGAGAUUACAACAGCGAUGGGCAACGUCAGACCUCAAACUUUUAUGUCAGUCACUUCAGUAGAUCACGGUACCACCUUCACCAGCUAUACAAUAUAAACACAUUUACACUCUUUGUAUUGGAUUUUCUUAGUAGCAAAAUGUUACCAUGCUUUUGCUGUGGUAUUACAUUUACAGCAUCUUACUAAAGGGUUCAUUAAUGCUGAUUUCAGUCAACUGGACUAGUGUGAUUUCCACCAAAAUAUGGCUUGUUAACUGUUUUUUUUAUACACCAAUGAGUGACCCUGCUAAUCUAAUGCAUUUGUCCUGUAGGGGAUGGGAAUCAUGGAGCAUUCUGGGGCACGCCACCAUUUUUGGAGGGUUGCGUACAGAGUUUCGAUAGACUAUCCUUAUCUGUCACUGGUCUAUUCAUCUGUCAUCAAUCGUUCAUCAUCAGAAAUGUAUAAAUUGCAUGCAAUGCCCAUAUAAAGAGAAGCUGACAGAGGCAAAGGGACCAUAUAUUACGAAACUGAAGUUAGUUUAUGAUAUUGAUCCUUACAAAUUAGGAGUACCUUGACAGUUUGCCUCCCAUUAUGGUGACUGAUGUGUUUUGGCGUUAGUGAACACCUGUCAGCAGUUCAAAAUAUGUAAAUCUUUGGAGGCUGAUGUCCAAUUUACAAACGGGUAGUUAUAUGAGAUUACGAUCUACAAGCCAAAUGCCGACUACACAAUCAUCCGAACAAAGAUAAGCUAGCUAAUGUUAUGCUAACGGAAUACUAACAAAACGUCGGCUAAUAUUGCAUAUUAAAUCUACCGGUAUCUUGCAAUGAAACCCAUAACGUUAGCCUACCUUUGUGCCUGACUGUAUACUAUAUAUACUACAUUUUGGCUUUUAAAUUUUAUUCACUUUGCAGUGUUUUGUGUUAUCUUUUGACACUUGCAGUAAACAACCAGUGGAUGGCACUUUUAUCCUUUAUACUCCAAAAAUGGUGCCGUCGGUGCCGUCACAUUCCCAUUCCCUAUUCAGCCUGACAGAGGAAAUGCUCCUUAUAGGGAGGGGGGGGGGGGAACGUAAAAUAUUUUGUAGUGUAUGUGUAUAUUCAUCCCUUACUGAAGUUUAUAUGUAGCCAACAAAUGUCAUUAAAUGUUGUGGCCUAUUGAGUAGAAAAAAUACCUCUUUGGGGACUUUAGUUUAGUUUUAAUUAAUCUAGUUUAGAUUUAAAAAAAUAAACCAAAAAAAAGAGCAAAGAAUCAGAUAGGGUAAUAAAAUAAUAGUUGUCCUUUUUAAAAAAAAUAAAAAUAUCUGAAUAUCUAUAAUCAAGAGUUUGCACCACAGGAUAUUUUUUUUAUGAUGGACAAACAGUACAACUCGUUAACAAGCAAUAUUGAUAUGCCUAUAUAAUACUGAAAUGCCUUUAAGAGCUUGAAUGUUUUAAAUUGAACCUUUUAGUCCAAAUCUUACAGGAGCUGUAAUACAGUAGAUGUUGAUUUAUGAUGAAUGUGCCAUGGAAAAUGCCACUGAUUAUAUUAUUAUUGUGAGACUUUUACAAAUGAAGUGAUUUUUUUUGUUUGCCCACUCUCUGAAAUUAACUGGAACUUGGUGAUACAACAUUUCAUUGUGUCAUGCAAAUAAUGUAUUUUCUUUUCAUAUUUCCUCGGAGCACCCUGAAAAAUGCACACAUAGCAAUGUCUGCAAAGCACAAAUUGUUUCAGCCAUUGGUCUCACAGAUUUCUAUAUAUAUACCCUGAAACAAUCUAACAGAAGAUGUCUCUCAAAACUUCUAGCACAAGUGAAAUUGUAACGUGAACUUUCUGUAUGAACAGUAAGAUGAUUGAAUCUUACCCAUCAAUGCCUGAACACUCUCUAAAGUGCUUUAUAAGUUAAUGCUUUUUGUGAGCUAGAAAGUGAUAUUGUGUGAUUGUGGUACAUGUAGUACCAAGACGAGCUAUUUUUCAUAUCGGCUGAAUCCUU